GAUAGAUAGAUACACCCACACCUAUAUAUCUACCCCUCUCCCCACCCCCACCCCCACCUCCAGACCAUCCACACCCCUCGGACCAAUCUAGGGUUUUUGCAGAAGAUUUAAUUUGUUCGAAUUUUUAGGGAUGGCGAAGAAGAGGAAAUCCGACGCGACGCGGCUGGAUGAGGUGGAUCGAAGCAUGUAUACCUCUUUCUGCAGCGCCGCCAACUCCCUUUCCCAGCUCUACUCCCAGGCUACGCACCAGCAGCGGCUAUCCUUCCAGGCCGGCGAACGACACGCCAUGGAGAAGCUUUAUAAUUGGAUCUUGAGGCAGCAAGAAGAUGGGGUUAGAGUGAUGACUGGCGAUAUAUUCGCCUACGUGCAGAAUGAACUUGAUUAUGGGACAGAGGAGCCUCCAUCAUCCCCUAGGUUGCCAUUCCAACAUCAGCAACAGUCGCAUACUGCAAUGCAGACAACCCAUUCAGGAAUUCCAGUAUCUUCUAAUGCUUUUGGUCCUGCAACUGUUGGACAAGGACAACGCUCAGUGAACUCAGACCAAACAAAGAACUCUGUUUUCUCCAAUGCGCUCUCUAGUCCAGUUCGUCGUAGUCUCCAACACUAUCACUUGUCACAGGGCGGUCAAUAUGCAAACAAUGCUAUGCGGGGCAAUGAGAAUACUGUUAGCCAAACCCGAGAUCCCAAUCCGCCCAGUUCUAACGAUACUUCAAUGGAUAUGCACGCAGACAGCCCUGGCCAUGAUUCGCCCUACUGAACUGUCUGCAUUCUAGAGUCGAAGAAUCAGUAGUGGAAAAGAGAAUGCAGCAUGUAGGUGAGGUGGUGGUAUAAACAAAAAGAGUAGGCAAAGGUGGAAGUGUAAAGAGGUUGGUCGUCCAUGAAGUGUGGAACGAGCUUUAGGGACACCUGUUGAUAUAUCCCAACGGAAGGUUUGUGUAGUCUGAAUGGAUUGUGAAGUGCACCCGGUUAUGGCUUCUUUUCAUGUUUAUAUUUUAUCUAGUAUUGUUCUUAUGAUUUCUUAUUUCUCAUCAGCCAUCAUAGUAUUCUCUGUGUGGAACACAUUUCUAUAUAUUGUUUAAUUGAUUUGAUUCCUCAGGUUGUGUA